AUGCUUCAAAUACUUAAUCUUCCAGGCAACAAUUUUACUGGAAAUGUACCUGCAAGUUUAGGAAAGGUGAAGAACUUAAGGUGGCUCAACGUUAAAGGUAAUCAGUUGGGGAGUGAUGAACCUGAUAACAUGAAUUUCAUCAGUUCCCUGGCCAACUGCAGCAACCUACAGUACUUGCUUUUGGCCCACAACCACUUUGGAGGCAUGUUUCCAAACUCAGUAACCAACCUGUCCACCCUAUUGACAGGAUUACACAUGGGACAGAAUAGGAUUCGAGGGAACAUACCCAAAGAAAUUGCAAACCUCGUGAACCUAAAUAUACUUUACCUGCAAGAAAAUCGUCUAACUGGUAGCAUUCCAGCAUCUAUAGGAAUCCUUUCAAACUUGGGAACUCUCAACUUGGAUUCAAACAGAUUGACAGGCGAGAUCCCAUCUUCAAUAGGAAACAUCACGAGACUGCUCUAUCUUUAUUUGUCUGGAAAUACUUUAAAUGGAACCGUUCCUCCAUCCCUUGGAAAUUGCAAACAGCUGUUGAGGCUUUAUAUAGGUGAAAACAAUCAAAGUGGCAUAAUUCCAGGGCAACUGCUGAGUUUUGACCUUUCUUACAACAAUUUCUCAGGAAUGAUUCCAAGCACCAUAGGGAAAUGUUUGGCCUUGGAAUUACUUUACAUGCAACACAAUUCAUUUGAAGGGUCCAUCCCGUACAUAGCUGACUUACAAAACCUACGGGAGCUAGACCUUUCAAGAAACAACUUAUCAGGAGAAAUUCCACCUUGGACUCUGAAUCUUUCCUCCCUACUGUACCUGAAUCUUUCAGACAACAAUUUAGAGGGUGAGAUUCCCGUCCAAGGAGUAUUCUCAAAUUCAACCGCAUUACAAGUUGCGGGGAAUCCCAAGCUUUGUGGUGGAAUCCAAGAGUUUGAUUUACCACCUUGCCCGAAGCAAGAAAACCAUAGAACAAAGAGGAAGCGUCUUACACCCGUUCUGACUGCAAUUAUCAGUAUUGUUUUAUUUGCUGCAAUAGCAUGUUUUCUGCUUUCUAUGUUUUUUAUUAAAAGAUCCAGAAAACGAAGAGAUGCAACAUCCACAUCUGGGCAUCUCAUCUUCCCCAUGAUUACAUAUAAGGAGCUUCAUGAUGCAACUAAUGGUUUUUCUUCAGAUAGGUUGUUAGGAUCAGGCAGUUUUGGCACUGUGUACAAAGGAAUUGUUCACUCAUCAAAUGAAAAUCCAGUUGCAGUCAAGCAUAGAAACCUGGUGAAAGUCAUAACUGCAUGCUCCAGCAUUGACUUCAAAGGAAUUGACUUUAAGGCCAUAAUGUAUCAGUUUAAGGAGUGGUUACAUCAAGAAUCAGAAGGACAAAUACAAUGCAAUAGCUUAAACAUUCUUCAGAGAUUAAAUAUUGCAAUAGACGUGGCUUCUGCAUUAUAUUAUCUUCAUCAUCAAUGUGAAAUCCCUGUGGUUCACUGUGAUCUCAAACCAAGUAAUAUUCUUCUCGACGACAACAUGAUAGCACAUGUAAGUGAUUUUGGAUUGGCCAGGCUCAUCCCUAGUUUUUCUGGGGAAGGCAACCUUAACCAAUUCAGCUCACUCGGAAUACAGGGAACUAUUGGAUACGCCCCACCAGAUUUGUGUAGUUAUGGGAUCCUAUUGCUGGAGAUUUUCACUGGAAAAAGGCCCACAGAUAAACUAUUUGAAGACAAUGUGAAUCUGCACCUUUUCGUCAGACUGGCAUUACCAGAUCAAAUAAUGGAUAUUGUUGAUGGAUCCGCUCUCUGUGGAGAAAUGACAGGAGAGGAUGCUAACAAGAAUAUAAGUAGUGAACAGAUCAAGUGCUUGGUUUCUAUUUUCCAACUUCGGCUAGCAUGUUCAGCAGAAACACCACAGGAGAGAAUUAACAUGGAGCAAGUUUACGGGGAAUUGAUAAUAAUCAGAGACAGGUUUCUGAAGUAA